GAAGGAGCCCUUUGAGGCCAGCAAGCACCACUCCUUCCACAGCCUGGCCUGUUAGGGUGCCCCACUGCAGAAGGCCCCUCUGAGCUGGCUACUCCUGGCCUCUGGAACCACCUUAUUCUGCACCAGUGUUUACUGCCAGCCUCGGAGCGAGGAUCCCAGCACGACUUUGGCCCUUAUGGGAGGGAGCCUGCCACUCUUGGGCUGGCUUGCUUUGGCUCAUAGAGUUUCCUUGUGUUUAAUUUCUGG